CAUCGGAGCUGUAGUACUACCUCGAGACCGUGAGGGGGCGCUCUGCACCCAGUCUUCGCAAAGACAGCAUUGACUGAACGGACUGAGAGCUUUGUGCCGAAAACUAAACCGAUCUGAGUCAGCCUAAUGAAUUAAAACGGCCCGAUUGGAAGAGGCCAGUAGAAGACCGUGUGUACAUCAAAAAGCAUGGAGUUCCCGCAACAACAGAAGGCUGCGGGGGACGGAAAGAUCGUCUAUCCUCCGGGAGUGAAGGAGAUUACGGACAAAAUAAGCAAUGACGAGGUGGUCAAACGGUUGAAGAUGGUGGUAAAGACCUACAUGGACAUGGAUCAAGACUCCGAAGAGGAGAAGCAGCAGUAUCUCGGACUGGCACUCCACCUCGCCUCUGAGUUCUUCCUAAGGAACCCCAAUAAAGACGUACGCCUGCUGGUGGCCUGCUGUCUGGCUGACAUCUUCAGGAUAUAUGCUCCAGAGGCGCCCUACACCUCCCAUGACAAGCUAAAGGACAUCUUUCUGUUCAUCACCAGACAGUUAAAAGGAUUAGAAGACACCAAGAGUCCUCAGUUCAACCGAUACUUCUAUCUGCUUGAGAACCUUGCGUGGGUCAAAUCAUACAAUAUCUGCUUUGAACUGGAGGACUGCAACGAGAUCUUUAUUCAGCUCUUCAAAACGCUCUUCUCUGUUAUAAAUAACAGCCAUAACCAAAAAGUGCAGAUGCACAUGAUGGAUCUGAUGAGUUCUAUCAUCAUGGAGGGAGACGGAGUCACACAAGAGCUGCUGGACACAAUCCUUAUAAACCUCAUACCUGCACACAAGAAUCUAAAUAAGCAAGCAUAUGAUCUCGCCAAGACUCUUCUGAAGAGGACGGUCCAAACGAUUGAGACGUGCAUUGCAAACUUCUUCAAUCAGGUUUUAGUGAUGGGAAAGUCAUCGGUCAGUGACCUAUCGGAGCACGUCUUUGACCUCAUCCAGGAGCUGUUUGCCAUCGACCCCAUGCUGCUGACCUCUGUCAUGCCUCAGCUGGAGUUCAAACUUAAGAGCAACGAUGGAGAGGAGCGUCUAGCUGUUGUACGGUUGCUUGCAAAGUUAUUUGGGGCCAAAGACUCAGAGCUAGCAUCACAGAACAGACCGCUUUGGCAGUGUUUCUUAGGACGGUUCAACGACAUCCACGUACCAGUCAGACUAGAGUGUGUGAAAUUCGCGAGCCACUGCCUUAUGAACCACCCUGACCUGGCGAAAGACUUGACAGAAUAUUUGAAAGUGCGUUCUCACGACCCAGAGGAAGCCAUCCGACAUGAUGUCAUUGUCACCAUCAUCAACGCUGGAAAGAAAGACCUGAACUUGAUCAAUGACCAAUUGUUGGGCUUUGUGCGGGAAAGGACCCUCGACAAGAGGUGGCGUGUGCGUAAAGAGGCCAUGAUGGGCCUGGCUCAGCUUUAUAAGAAAUACUGUCUGCACCAUGAGGCUGGAAAGGAGUCCGCUCAGAAGAUCAGCUGGAUCAAAGACAAACUGUUGCACAUCUACUAUCAGAACAGCAUUGAUGACAAGUUAUUAGUGGAGAAGAUUUUUGCCCAGUACAUGGUCCCUCACAGUCUCGACACGGAGGAGAAGAUGAAAUGUCUUUACUACCUGUAUGCCUGUCUGGACACUAACGCUGUCAAGGCCCUAAAUGAGAUGUGGAAGUGUCAGAACAUGCUCAGAAGUCUCGUAAAAGAGCUGCUCGAUCUUCACAAGCUGCCAGUGUCUGAGGCCAACAACUCCGCAAUGCUUGGGAAGCUAAUGAGUAUCGCAAAGAACCUACCGGAUGCCGGAAAGGCCCAGGACUUCAUGAAGAAAUUCAACCAGGUUCUGAGUGAGGAUGAGAAGCUCAGAGUCCAGCUGGAGAUGCUCAUCAGUCCCACGUGCUCCUGCAAGCAGGCUGAAAUCUGUGUGAGGGAGAUCACUCGGAAGCUGACGUUCCCUAAACAGCCCACCAAUCCUUUCCUAGAGAUGGUCAAGUUCCUGCUGGAGCGGAUUGCCCCAGUUCACAUCGACUCUGAAGCCAUCAGUGCUUUGGUAAAGCUGCUAAAUAAGUCCAUUGAGGGGACAGCUGAUGAUGAGGAGGAAGGUGUCACCCCUGAUACAGCGAUCCGCUCUGGUCUUGAGCUGCUUAAGGUCCUGUCAUUCACACACCCCACGGCAUUCCAUUCAGCUGAGACCUACGAGUCUCUGCUCCAGUGUUUGAAGAUGGAGGACGACAAAGUGGCAGAAGCGGCUAUUCAGAUUUUCCGUAACACUGGGCAGAAGAUCGAGAUAGAGUUACAACAGAUAAGAUCAACACUGAUUCCCAUCCUGCAUCAGAAGGCCAAGCGGGGCACACCUCACCAGGCCAAGCAGGCCGUUCACUGCAUUCAUGCCAUCUUUAACAACAAGGAAGUGCAGCUGGCCCAGAUUUUUGAGCCUCUGUCACGCAGUCUCAACGCAGACGUUCCAGAACAGCUCAUCACUCCACUUGUGUCCCUGGGGCAUAUAUCCAUGCUGGCUCCAGAUCAGUUCGCCUCACCAAUGAAGUCCAUCGUGGCUAAUUUCAUCGUCAAGGAUUUGCUCAUGAAUGACCGGUCGGUAGGAAACAAGAACGGGAAGCUGUGGUCCACUGAUGAGGAAGUCUCACCUGAAGUUUUAGCAAAGGUUCAGGCCAUCAAGCUACUGGUACGCUGGUUACUAGGAAUGAAGAACAACCAAUCCAAAUCAGCCAACUCCACCCUCCGCCUGCUGUCAGCCAUGCUGGUUAGCGAGGGUGACCUCACAGAGCAGAAGAAGAUCAGUAAAUCGGACAUGUCUCGUCUGAGGCUGGCUGCUGGCUCCGCCAUCAUGAAGUUGGCGCAGGAGCCAUGUUACCAUGAAAUCAUCACACCGGAACAGUUUCAGCUCUGUGGCCUCGUCAUCAAUGACGAGUGCUACCAGGUUCGUCAGAUCUUUGCCCAGAAGUUGCACUUAGCUCUCGUCAAACUGCUGCUGCCCCUGGAGUACCUGGCUGUUUUCGCUCUGUGUGCCAAGGACCCGGUGAAGGAGCGCCGUGCUCACGCCCGACAGUGCCUGCUCAAAAACAUCUCCGUGCGCAGGGAGUACAUCAAACAGAACCCCCUCGCUCAGGAAAAACUGGUCUCUCUUCUUCCCGAGUAUGUGGUUCCAUUUAUGAUCCACUUGCUGGCCCACGACCCCGAUUUCACAAAACCUCAUGAAUAUGAGCAGCUCAAAGACAUCAAAGAGUGCCUGUGGUUCAUGUUGGAAGUCCUGAUGACCAAGAACGAGAACAACAGUCAUGCUUUUCUGAGGAAGAUGGUUGAGAACAUCAAACAAGCAAAGGAUGCUCAGUGUCCUGAAGAUGCAAAGGCCAAUGAGAAACUGUACAUCGUCUGUGACGUGGCUCUCUUCGUCAUCGCCAACAAGAGCACCGCCUGUCACCUGGACUGUCAGAAAGAGCCUGUCCUCCCCUCGAAGUUUUUCCUCGUACAAGACAAGCAGGAGUUUAAAAAUGAUAAGGAGUACCUGACAGGGGAGAUGAGACAAAUGCUGCUAACUGGAAAGCCUAAACCAGCCCCAGUGUUGGCAACAGUCAACAAAACUCUGACGGUACCAGGACGGAGGAUCGUUCAAAAGACCGCCACAGCCCCAGACACAGCCAGUAACACCAGCACCAACUCGUCUCCACUGGUCACAGCUAACAACAAAAACAGUACCACUGACACAGAGCGUCAAGCGCAGGAGAACAAUGAGAACCCAGUCAUCAAACAAGACGAGAUGAAGGACGAGCCCAGUCAGAAACUAACGCCCGAUGCCGGGAUAGAAGCAUCGCCCAUAAGAAGACGCGGUCGCCCUACCAAAGCUGCGGCGGCUGCCGCUGCAGCAGCGCUGAAGGAGGCAGGAGCGUUACCAGCCGGAGGUGGAGCAGGCAGAGGCCGGAAGAGAGCGUCCGACGCUCCCGCAGACUCUAUCAAUGUCAAAAUGUCAAAACAGCAGCAGCAGCAGACCGACGAGGGGACAAAGAGACAGAUUGACUUGCAGAGGUAAAGAGGCGACGUGCGAAGAUAAAAUUCAGACUGCAGAGAACAGGCCUGAAUCUUCUCAACUCAAGUCCCUUUGACUCUUAAAGCUUUCUUGGAGAUAUUAUGGACCUUCUCUACAUAAACAGAAUAUACAUGCACACACACACUGUCAUACUAGAAGGUUUAAAACACCCUGUAGUCAUUGAUUGAAGCUCUCUGUAUGUAGAUCUUACUCAGAAACAUAUUUUUCCUUUGUGUUUGUUGCUCUUUGCUUCUUUUUCGGAGCCAUUUUUAAGAAGAAGAAAAAAAACGGGAUGGACAUUUUACAAACAUUUUAAUCUGGUAAUGAUUCUUGCUUAUUAAAUUCCCUGGGAAAACAAAAAAAUUA